AGACUUAUACCAUAUUGAUUUCACAUAUUAUACCUUAUAUUCACUUAUUCAUUGUUCUACUACUUAUAUAUAAAUCGGCUUGAUAAAAUGUCUAAAGUGAACAGAAGGAAGGAGAUUAAAGAUAAAGAAGCUCUACAAGCACGAUUUCAGCUUUCCAUCUCCCAGAAUAAUGCUAAGGCUCUCAGCUGGUUGAAGCCCAGUACAUCAAAAACGGGCCAGGAACAUCCAAUAUCCACAGAAUCGUUCCUAGAUUUGCCCAUCAUACCCAGUGGAUCAAGUCUCACAACCUUGAAUAAUGGAAAUGUGAGUAAAAUUGGAGAUUUCAUGAAAAAUGACGGAAGUAUGAACGCUAUAAAACAGGAAUCUGGACCUCGAGCAGCGAAAAAUGCUUCGAAACCCAUGCUAGCAUUGAUGAACAAGGUGAGAGACUACAAUAAGGAAAAGAUAAGGAAAAAUGGAGACAAUAAUGUUAACAAUAGUGCAAGCAAUCACAGCCUUAGAAACCAGAAGAUUCGGAAAGUAGAAAAACAUCCCCAAGACGAGGAUUCUGAUGACGAAAGCAGUAUCUUGAAAGCAAGGUCUGUGAAGAAGGGCUCCAACAUGCUCUUGGAGAACAAAUUGGGCAAGAAGAAGAUGAAGGGUAGACCUUUUUGACAAUACUUGAACACUUUGAACUGGCUGUGGAUGUUCAAAUUGCAUCAUAAUGAAGUUGAUUGUUUAUGGACUAAAUGAAUAACACGAACAAACAGUGGAGCUACAU